AACCUUGCUUCUGCAGUGAGAGUGGUGUCUGCGUGCUGCACUUUAGCGAGCCAACAACACAAAGCCUCAACUUUUAGAGGAGUCUGUCUCUCUCCGACUUGGUGAUAACUCAACCUGCAGCCUCCCUCCCGCCAAAGGCGACAAAACAACCUCUUCCUUUGAAUCUACGCAGACGUAAAACUCCACAGCCACCAUGUUUGAGGCUCGCCUGGUCCAGGGAUCCAUCCUGAAGAAGGUGCUGGAGGCUCUGAAGGACCUUAUCACAGAAGCCUGCUGGGACGUCAGCUCGUCCGGCAUCUCCCUGCAGAGCAUGGACUCCUCUCACGUCUCUCUGGUCCAGCUCACUCUGCGGCAUGACGGCUUCGACUCGUACCGCUGCGACAGAAACCUCGCCAUGGGAGUCAACCUCAGCAGUAUGUCCAAAAUCCUGAAGUGUGCAGGAAACGAAGACAUCAUCACCCUCAGAGCAGAAGACAAUGCAGACACACUUGCCCUUGUGUUUGAGACACUCAACCAGGAGAAAGUCUCCGAUUAUGAGAUGAAGUUGAUGGAUCUCGAUGUGGAGCAGCUCGGUAUUCCAGAGCAGGAGUACAGCUGUGUGGUAAAGAUGCCCUCUGGGGAGUUUGCCCGUAUCUGCCGUGACCUCUCCCAGAUCGGUGACGCCGUCAUGAUCUCCUGCGCCAAGGACGGAGUCAAGUUCUCCGCCUCAGGAGAGCUGGGCACAGGAAACGUCAAGCUGUCCCAAACCAGCAACGUAGACAAGGAGGAGGAAGCAGUUACUAUUGAGAUGAAUGAACCCGUCCAGCUGAUCUUUGCCCUCAACUACCUGAACUUCUUCACCAAGGCAACGCCGCUGUCUAAGACCGUCACCCUCAGCAUGUCUGCUGAUAUCCCCCUUGUGGUGGAGUACAAGAUUGCUGAUAUGGGGCACGUCAAAUAUUACUUGGCACCAAAGAUCGAUGAAGAAGCUUCCUAAGUUCUUACAUAACGGCUCUAAAAGGCAGAAUGGAGAAAUGCAGGUGACUGGGACUUUUCCUGAAUGAUUCAAGGGCUAAAGUGAUCUCAUGCCGGUUGGUGGUCACUCUGUCUGAGGUUUCUGAUCUCCUGUCUAAUGAGAUUCACAGCAGGAGGUGUUGUGUCAACUUUUAUAAACUGUCAUCUGCCAUCUGUGUGACGUGAUGAAGCUUCAACGCGACUGACUGUGGUCCAGACAGAUGAGGUGUAACUCCCAGCACUUGUUCGCCCCACUCUUGUGUCUCACACUCUAUUUGCCCAUUUUGGGAAAGCAGAAUUCAAUUAUCCCAUUCCUUCUUGUAGAUAACACAUUUGUAAAUACUUCCUGUGGUUCCACACUGUCAGCUGACCCCAGAUGUUUUUUGUAUUCAUUGAUUCAGUCCAAAAUAAAUGAUUCAAGUUGUUUCCAUUA